GAGAACUUAAGAAAUGGGUUCAACAUCCGAAAUUGUUUGCGUUACCGGUGCCGCCGGUUUCAUUGGGUCAUGGCUUGUCAUGAGACUCAUAGAGCAUGGCUACACGGUUCGAGCCACGGUUCGCGACCCAGAUAACAUGAAGAAGGUGAAGCAUUUGUUAGAAUUGCCAGGUGCAAAGACCCGUUUGUCUCUAUGGAAGGCUGAUCUUAAUGAAGAGGGAAGCUUCGAUGAAGCCAUUAAAGGGUGCACUGGAGUUUUCCAUGUGGCUACCCCUGUGGACUUUGAGUCUAAGGACCCUGAGAAUGAAAUGAUAAAGCCUACAAUAAAUGGAGUGAUAAACAUCAUGAAGGCAUGCUUGAAGGCUAAAAGUGUCCGAAGGCUAAUAUUCACAUCCUCAGCGGGAACCAUUAACGUUACGGAGGAGGUAAAGCCUUUGCUCGACGAGACCAAUUGGAGUGACGUUGAGUUCUGUCGGCGAGUCAAGAUGACUGGUUGGAUGUAUUUCGUUUCAAAAACACUGGCGGAGAAAGAAGCAUGGAAAUUUGCAAAGGAGCAUGGCAUGGACUUGAUCACCAUUAUUCCACCUCUUGUAGUUGGCCCAUUUCUCAUGCCAACAAUGCCUCAUAGUUUAAUCACAGCACUUUCUCCCAUCGCAGGAAAUGAGGCCCAUUAUUCGAUCAUAAAGCAGGGGCAGUUUGUCCACGUGGAUGAUCUGUGUUAUGCUCACAUAUUUAUAUUCGAACAGCCAAAAGUAGAAGGGAGGUACAUAUGCAGCGCAUGUGACGCUACAAUUCAUGACAUUGCAAAAUUAAUUAAUGAAAAGUACCCAGAGUACAAGGUUCCCACAAAGUUCAAGAAUAUUCCAGAUGAAUUGGAGCUUGUGAGAUUUUCUUCCAAGAAGAUCACAGACUUGGGAUUCCAAUUUAAAUACAGUUUAGAGGAUAUGUUCGUCGGAGCGAUUGAGUCAUGCAGAGAAAAAGGGCUUCUUCCUAUGCCUCAAGAAACCAUAAAUAAAUAG